AUGUUGAGCAUCAAUAUUUCUUCGUUUGCAGACCCUUCCAAGUACCAACUCUCUAAGCUCCCUCGGCCAUCUCUCUCUGAGGCGACCGACAUUGUGAUUCAAGUCCACGCCGCAAGCAUCAACCCCAUAGAUGUUAAAAAGGCAUCUGGGAUUUUUAAGGCUGGCCUUCCUGAAGAGUUUCCAUAUAUGAUUGGAUAUGACUGUGCAGGCGUGGUAGCUGAGACUGGGAGCAAAGUUUCACGGUUCAAGGUUGGAGAUGAGGUAUAUGUGCGGUUGCCGGAGAGGUCUCGAGGAUCGUGGAGCGAAUACGUCAAAUGCGAAGAGUCCUUUGUCGCACUGAAACCCAAGUCUCUGUCGUUUGGUGAUGCAGCAUCAUUGCCCUUGGCGGCGCUCACUGCAUUGCAGGCGCUAAGGAAAUAUCGAGGCUCCUUGGUUGGGAAGACGGUGUUCAUCCCCGGUGGUCUGAGCGGUACUGGCGCAUAUGCGUGUCAGUUGGCGAAGAAUGUCUUUCACGCUGGCAAGGUUAUCACGACAGUUUCCACUUCAAAAGUCGAUAAAGUGCCACAACUACUUGGGGAGGGGGUGGUUGAUCAAAUCAUCGACUAUACCAAAGACGAUGUCAUGAAGAUCAUUUCCCGCGGCUCAGUCGACUUCAUCAUGGACACUACUGCACAAGCGAUGCAGUUUUUAUCUUUGAUGACGCCAUCGACUAGCACCAUCAUCUCCAUAUCAACACUACCAUCCGGAACUCAGCUACAAGAAGCCCCCGUAAUGAAUCGUCCGGAUAAGCCGAGGCUGCCAUGGUUCAUCCGCCUCGCCUUAAACGCAGCGGAUUCGAUCAAACAGUUUCGUGCCCGGCGAUGGGGGGUUCACUACGAGUACAUGUUUCUCGAAUCAAACGGUAAAGACUUGGACAGUUUGAGCAAGUAUGUCGAAGAAGGGAGCUUGUCAUCAGUGGUCGGUUCUAGGGUGAACUUUCGAGAUCUUGCAAAGGUACGGGAAGCUUGUAACAUAGUGUAUAGCGGCAAAGGCGGCAUUGGUAAGGCGGUCAUUGAAAUCCUGUGA